CACGUUUUCACUGUCCGUCUGCUGUGCUCUUUUACCAAUUAGGUUUUAGAUUCCAUUUGAAGAAUCUGUCCUCGUGCAUUUUGUCUAUUACAGAUCUGAUUCCUUGUUAUUUCCUCCUCCCGGCACAACAACACGAAAAUAUGGCGACUAUGACCCGGCUCCGCUACUCUCCACUUACCGGCCAUUAUCGCCAUUUCACUCACACUCGUCAUUUGAUCAAUUUCGCCCCCAGAUUUGCUGGUAAUACUUCCCCCAGCACCAUUUCCCUUUGCACUGAAACUAAACCGUUAACCGAUUCGACAGUCAAAGGUUAUAUCGCCUGUGCUGGUGGUGGUGGUGGGGUUGGACGUGGUGGUAGUGGUGGAUAUAGUGGUAAUGGAGGUUGGAGUAAUGGUGGAGACUCUGAAGAAUCCAAGUCUUCGUUGGAUGGUUUCGGACCAAUUGGGGCUUUUCUACAUGGAUGGAGGUCGAGGGUUGCGGCAGAUCCGCAAUUCCCUUUUAAGGUUCUCAUGGAGGAGUUGGUUGGUGUUAGUUCUUGCGUUCUUGGUGACAUGGCAUCACGUCCCAAUUUCGGUCUGAAUGAGCUUGAUUUCGUGUUUUCAACUCUAGUUGUUGGUUCCAUUAUGAAUUUUGUUCUCAUGUAUCUCUUGGCUCCAACUAUGUCUUCGAGUCAGAGUCUUCCAGCAAUCCUCGCAAAUUCUCCUACAAGCCACAUGUUCGAACCAGGCGCCUAUAGUCUGUUGAACAGGCUUGGUACAUUUGUAUACAAAGGGACUCUGUUUGCUGCCGUUGGAUUUGCUGCUGGACUUUUUGGAACUGCUCUUUCGAAUGGAUUGAUAAUGACGAGGAAGAAGAUGGAUCCAAAUUUCAAGACACCAAAUAAGCCUCCACCUACAGUUUUGAAUGCUAUUACUUGGGCAAUUCACAUGGGCCUUAGCAGUAAUUUUAGAUACCAGACUUUGAAUGGUAUUGAGUUUUUGCUAGCCAAGGGAGUUCCGCCAGUGGUAUUUAAGUCAUCAGUUGUGGUUUUAAGAUGCUUGAACAAUAUAAUUGGAGGGAUGUCAUUUGUGAUAUUAGCAAGGUUGACGGGAUCACAGAGCGUUGAUCAAAAUAAGGCAUGUACUGUCAAUGAAGGAUCAGCCGAAGAGGGAGAUAAUCUGGUGAAUGAGGCUGCUGAAUUGCAAACUAGCGAGGCUACGUCCAAGUAAUCUCCCCUUUGUUCUAUCUUUUAAUCUUUAAUAAAAAGAAUUUGCUUGCGUUUUGAAUGAGAAAAGACAGUAUAUGUUGUCAUUAUGUUUUCCAUAAACCUAUGAAUUCGUACUUGGGUUUGAAUUCUUGUGUUGAUGGGACCAGACGAUUAACUGGUCUCAAUCUGCUAUUUUAGUCAAUGUGAAAGACGAACAUUAAGCUUA